CAAAAGCAUGUUUGGUUCAUUUGGUUUGGUCCAAAUUCAAUUUCGGUUCGUCUCUUCUUCAUACUUAAAAUAAUUUAUAGGAAUCAAAUCUAAUAGAAAUAUAUUUCAUUCAAUCAGAUCCGAUUUGGUCCAAAUAUCGAUUCCGUACUAUUCGAUUCGGUGUGUACCGAAUAGUUACCCAUCCCUACUAGAGAUUAUAUCGGAAAAGCCAGUCAUCAACAGAAUGAUUUCGUCGUACUUCAUUCAUAUCAUAAUGCUAAACCGCCUACCAAUUUCGGUUCGGAGCACUCGAUAUUCCCGAUCCGACCCUGUUCUGAGUGUAAAAUAGCCGCCAUUUCUCAAUAUCCUGAUAGUUUUAUUAUUGUAUAAAAUAAUAUAUAUCUCUGAUACGUAGACAAUUUCAGCAGUUUGACUCAGUGUCGUCGUCGUCGUCUUCUACUAAUUCUCCUCGCGAAAAUUCCCCACAGUUUCUUUCUUGUAGCAAUCCUUAACAGCGGCAGCUUAAGUUUUAACGUUGAAUGGAAUAAACUUUCGGCGUAAGCCAGUUGGUAAAUUCCGCAGCCUAUCAUCACGCGGUCCUCUUAUUUGAUACGCAUACUCAAUCCCCCAAUUUUGUUAUAAAUACGAUCAUCGCCACCAAUCCGCCAUAAUCACAACUUCCUAAUCCUAAAUCCUUAGCAAUGUCGAGCGGCAGGGAAGAGCGGCGGUGGGUUUUGUUCGGCAGGUUGAAGCGAGCGGUGAGCAAACUGAGGGUGAUACUAAAGUUCGAUUUCCACGUCUGGCGUCUGGCGUCGUCUCUGCUGCGCUCUUCUUCUUCAAUUGGUCCUUCGCGGGUGAUUAGCUUCGGGGAUCGGCCGGGGCUGACGGCGGCGUACGAGGAUUAUGACGAGGCGGCGGCGGCGGAUUCCGAUUCGGGUUAUUGGUGCUCUCCUCCUCCGCCAGCGGCCGAUGCGUCCGCUGCUGCUCCGAAGAAAGUGGAGCUUCGGAGAGCGAUCAGCCGGCGAUUCUCGAUGGUGGAGGAUGACAUCGACGAUCGGGCGGAGAUGUUCAUCGCGAAUUUCCGGCGGCAGCUUCAGAUCGAGCGCCAGAUCUCGCUGGAUCUCAAGUACUGUCAGGAGAAAACGUGAUUUGGGGAGAUUUGACAAGGAAUUUUGGGUGAUGGAUCCGGCGGUUGAUUUUUUUACUGGAGGCCUUCGAUCGCCAAUUUGUUGAAUUGUUCAUUCAUUCAUUGUUUUGUUUUGUUUCCCAUUUUGCUCUGGCCUUUUUUUUAGCAAGAGUGAAGAAGACGGAUGCUUGUUUUUCCCUUGGUUUGCAAUCUAUACAUAAUAUAAUAGGCUGAAGGGAAAAACAGGAGCCCCAUUUCAAAAUCCCUGCCUCCAGAGCGUUUGUCGGAGGGGUAGUUUCGGAAACGGAAAAAAUUAACUCGGCACCAAUUGUUUGCGUUGAACCCUUCUCCAUCCAACCAGCGAAUCGAAGCUCUCUCCUCAUCCUGCACUGUGCAUGCUGGCUGGUGUAUGUGCUCAGUCUCUCCAGACAACAAGGGGAGUCGUGAUUUCUUAUGUGCAUUUGCUCCUGCUGCGAUGCGCCAUGGAUUUGGUAGUCUGAUCUUCAUACCUAAGGGGGAAGGCCGCCAUUCCUAUACGUUGACGGUGAGUCCCUUUCCCCCCCUUUCGUAUUGCCUCUCGUCCCUCCUCUAAAACCAUAUUCCCUCCGACACCGCUAUCUGCCCUGAUUUCGAAACUUGCAACUAUGGAAAUUAGCAGUUGAAGGAGACGUCGUUGGUUGUUUAAUGUCCGCCGCAGUGAUUAGCAGGGAUGCAUGGGUUCAAUAAAUUUUCCGAUUACUAUGAUUGGCAGUUCGAGUCCCAUCGUCACGUUCUCAGCGCUGCCUCCAUUCAUCACCUCUGCAAAACCAUCGUCCUGCUACGCAAUUCUUCCACCUCCAAUUGGGGGAAAACCGAUGAGUUAAGUUGUUUGAUUGUAAAUUGAGACUUCGCUUUCAGAAGAGUCCCCUCUAAUUAUUACGAUUCGUCAUUCCAGUUCCACCGUGAUGUUCUUGGCGCUUCCUUCAUUCAUCACCUCAGCAAAAGAUUCGGCCUGAUACACAUGUCUUUCUGUUCCUUGGUGCAAGCACUGGUAAGUAUAUGAGUUUUGCUAUCACGUCCACAAAAUCCGGUUUCCGACCCGUUCCUAACCCAUGAAUGCUUUAGUUUGACGAUAAAACCACUGGUCAACCUAUUGACUCAAUUCCACAUGCUCUGCCGUUCAAGUUGAGGUUUCUGAAAGCAGCUGAUAUUCCCAAAUUCCAUGGAAACACUCACUAUUUACCGGGCGAGGCUUCUUUUAGCUUAGGUGCUAAUUUUUCUUCCGAUAUUCUAAAGAUUUGCUGUUGAUAUGUAUGUAUUGCAGAUAUCACAGGCCAUCUUUCAGUUGUGCUACUGGCCAAAUCCUCCACUAACAAGACCCCGCGAAAUGAUAUCCAAAUCCUUCUACAUGAGUAAUCCUUUCGUUUCUAUACUAUUUGUAUCAAUUUGGUGUCUAUUGUUAUGUAUGGAACCCAAAUUUAGGCUGCAAAUUUAUUACCAUAGGUUGCUAAACAUCUUAUCACAUAUUUAAGUUAUUCUAGCAUUUUGUGGGCAUUCAUUCGAAUUUCGAACCAGGCUCCUAGCUAAUUGAGUAAUCUAUCAUCUAAUCUAACAAUAAGGCCAACUUCGAUAUGAGAUGAUGAGUCUGUGAAACGUAAAUUCCCACUACAUGCCUGCAUUCCAUGAACUAUCCCUCCAUUUGUUUUUGACAUACACAGAAUCGCUCAUCUUGUUUUGAUUUAUGUAAUCUGGCAGAUCAGCAGGUGUCAAAACUAAAAGGCAAAAGCUUAACAAUUAUGCAGAAAUGAAGUCGGUCAGCUUAUCGAUUUCAUAUAUGUACAUCUCAAGGGCCUGUCUCGUGAAGUAUAUCACCCCGUAAUAGCAGGUUAUUGGUUUUGCUAAGGUAUGUAUGUUGGUUUCGUGUCUAUGAUCUAUGAACUUCAUAAACUAAUUUCAUUGUACGAUUACAACUUUUUAAGUCACAUGAUUUAGUGUCAUUUUAGGCUACUAGAAGGCCCUGGGUUUCAUUUCCAAUUAUGGCGUAAAAGACAACAGUUAGGAAUGGAAACAAGCUAUAAUCAUAUCAAAGGAUUAUGAUAUGAUUCUUAAUGUUGGAAUUAUGUGUCUGCAGGUGAGAAGGCAAUUGGCAGGAUCAGGCUGUACGCCAUCAAAGAAAGGUAAGUAAAAGGGUAAAAACAUGUCCUCAUCCUUUCAUACAUCAAAAGAGAAAGUCGUAGAAAUUCCAAUUAACUAAGCACCAUCAAAGAGUCAACAACAAUAUAACAAUGUAUGAGGAGCAGAAAAACAUUGUUUUUGUGGGCAUUCAUUCGAAUUUCGAACCAGGGUCCUAGCUAAUUGAGUAAUCUAUCCUCUAAUCUAAUAAUAAGGCCAACUUCGAUAUAUGAGAUGAUGAGUCUGUGAAACGUAAAUUCCCACUACAUGCCUGCAUUCCAUGAACUAUCCAUCCAUUUUUUUGACAUACGCGGAAUCGCUCAUCGUGUUUUGAUUUAUGUAAUCUGGCAGAUCAGCAGGUGUCAAAGCCAAAAGGCAAAAGCUUAACAAUUAUGCAGAAAUGAAGUCGGUCAGCUUAUCGAUUUCAUAUAUGUACAUCUCAAGGGCCCGUCUCCUGAAGUAUAUCACCCCGUAAUAGUAGGUUAUUGGUUUUGCUAAGGUAUGUAUGUUGGUUUCGUGUCUAUGAUCUAUGAACCUCAUAAACUAAUUUCAUUCUACGAUUACAACUUUUUAAGUCACAUGAUUUAGUGUCAUUUUAGGCUACUAGAAGGCCCUGGGUUUCAUUUCCAAUUAUGGCGUAAAAGACAACAAUUAGGAAUGGAAACAAGCUAUAAUCAUAUCAAAGGAUUCUGAUAUGAUUCUUAACGUUGGAAUUAUGUGUCUUCAGGUGAAAAGGCAAUUGGCAGGAUCAGGUUGUACACAAUCAAAGAAAGGUAAGUAAAAGAGUAAAAAAAUGUCCUCGUCCUUUCAUACAUCAAAAGAGAAAGUCGUAGAAAUUCCAAUUAACUAAGCACCAUCAAAGAGUCAACAACAGUAUAACAAUGUAUGAGGAGCAGAAAAACAUUGUUUUUGUGUAUAACUAUGCCAUUUUUGGUUCUUGGGGCAUCCUCUUUAGUCUUUCUUAAUUCUCCAGAGCUCGAUAGUUCAUUAAUCUUGCAUGUUGGUAUGAACGCUACUUGACAUUGUUUAAUUUCUUUUCUUUGAUCUUCCAACAGAAUAUAGUGCAUGCCGAUAACGUAUGGGUUACCAGCACAGGAGUUGUUAAAAUUGGAGAUUUUAGUGCCAGCCAAGUUAUUGAGGUAAAUCAACAUCUUGCUGUAUUCACGGUUAAAAUAAUUCGGCCUUCCUUUAUUAUAUAUAUGUUUUUAUUUUGAUUGUAUUCUGUUCUUAGUUCUUACUGGGAGUUACUCUUUCAAAUGCAAGUAUUUAGAUUGUUAAGGUGCCCUGAUUUCUUUUUCUAUGCAUAGCUUGGACCUAUAUGUAUGUUUCUCGAUGGCUUUUGCUGAAUGAAUAUUAAGAAUAUGCUCCUCUCAACCAGAAUCAUUAUGUUCCUCCCAUCUCUGGAUGUGUCUUGCUCUCUAGCCAAUCGUUUUAACCGCUUCAUUCACCCUCCACUAUUAAUCGGCGCUAAACUGUCGGUUGUAAGGCUUGGUUAAUGCUCUGAUGAGUAAUGCUUUGAUGCACAUAGGGUAAACAGAGAAAAUAAAUUGAGGAAUCCUUUGUUGUGGUCGCAUCCCAGGUUGGGGUCGUGGAUGGCAAAUCUCGGGGGAUUUCCACUUCUUUCAGGGGUUCAGUUAAUUGGUCUCAAUGCCCCAAUUAGCAUUUGAGUUGUUCAUCACUCUGAACCAAUGACUUCGGAUGUCGCUUCGAGAGCUGAGAUUCCAAGUAAGCUGUAGUUCCCCAGGUUUUCAUCUUCGAUUGAGGGUUCAGAGGGUGCUUAUGAUUAGCGAGGGAUUGUAAUUGACAAGAUGGUUGGUUAACCUGCUAUGGUCUUGGUUUAGGGUUGCCCACUUAGUUUUUAUACUCCUAAUUUCUGACUGAUUCCAAUCAUGACCUUAUAGGGGAAAUAUGUCAAUUUUUUCUCUAAGUUCAAGAUCAGAUGUGGCCAUGCGGAGGCUUGGCUGAUGAUGAUUUUGAAUGAAAUUCCAGAACAAGAGAUGGGGAAAUUCAAUGUCCUGCCGAGAUUUCGAUGGAAAGUAAGGACUAUUUUUCUGUUGAACAAGUUUCUACAGGAUUGGGACGUUUUUCCUAAGGCUGAAAAGUAUACUCAGGAGUUCAUGGAGGUCCAGAGGAAGGAUCAGAAUCCAAGAAGUAGUGAUGAUAUGAGGCAAAACAAAUGGAAGAGACCUCCCAUAGGUGUGUUUAAACUUAACAUUGAUGCAGGGGUAAACAUCAGAGGUGGUUAAGGCCUGGGCUUUGUGAUAAGGAACUGGAUGGGAGAGGUUGUAUUGGCUGCAGUCCAAAUUGAUACGGUUAAAUGGACGCCGAAAGUAGGAGAGGGGAGAGCUAUUCUCUUUGGUUUGAACAAGAUGAAAAAGGGACUGAACCCUCUUAUGGUGGAGACAAACUGCAAGAGGAUGGUGGAUUUGCUACAGGGGACUGCUAUACUGAUUACAGAACAAAAUCCUGCAAUGUUUGCAGAGACAUCUAAGUAUCUAACAGAUGGGCUUGCAAGCUGAUUUAUGAAGUUGGACCUUUGUUCACCGACAAGCAAACACAGUGGCACACUCUCUUGCUCAUUUUAAUGUUCAUGUAGACUCUUAAAUUGUAUGGAAUGAUUGUGCCUCUCCAAGGGUAGUGGAUACUGUAUCCUUUGAGGCAUGUGGUGACGGAUUUCCUUUCAAUGAAAGGCUUUUGCAGUUUCCUCGAUAAAAAAAGAGGCGGCCAUGCAGAACAAUCAAUCAAAAUCUUUGGUUUGGGGUUGGCCGAUUAAUAGGGAUGGACAGAUUUUAGGGCAAAAUUCACGCAUCCAUUGUUAUGAUGGGUGAUGAAAAUUCGAUCCACACCCACUCAUUUGUAUUGUUGUGGGUGGAUUGGGUGGGUGACAGCGGGUGGUGGGAGGUUUGGCAGAUUUGGUGAGUCAAAUUAUUUUUAAAUAAUUAGAUAAUUAUGAG